AAGAAGCAGACCACUACAGCUUUGGGGCAGGCACGCUGUCAAGGAAGAAGAAGGUGCUGGUGACACUGAGGGAUGAGGGUCUACGCCGCCGAGCCCACCUCGACAUUGGCAUGCCACAUGACUUCCGCCCAGUGUCCUCCAUCAUUGAUGUGGACAUCCUCCCAGAGACACACCGUCGAGUGCGGCUCUACAGGCACGGCUGUGAGAAGCCGCUGGGCUUCUACAUCCGAGAUGGUACCAGCGUGCGAGUAACCCCCCAUGGGCUGGAGAAGGUUCCAGGCAUCUUUAUUUCCCGCAUGGUGCCUGGGGGCCUCGCAGAGAGCACCGGAUUGCUGGCUGUGAAUGACGAAGUCCUGGAGGUGAAUGGGAUUGAGGUGGCCGGGAAGACAUUGGAUCAAGUCACAGAUAUGAUGAUCGCCAACAGCCACAACCUCAUUGUCACUGUCAAGCCUGCCAACCAGAGGAACAACAUUGUCCGCAGCAGCCGCACCUCAGGCAGUUCUGGCCAGUCCACAGACAGCACUACCAGCCACCACAGCCUGCCAGCUGCUCACGUCCUGCAGAACUUCCACCCUGAGGAGAUGGAGAGUGAUGAGGAGGCCGACAUUGUCAUCGAGGGGGCUCUGGAGCCUCAACACAUUCCCAAGAUGCAGGGUGUGCCUCCAGGCAGCCUCUCUCGGGCCAACGGCACCAGCCUUGCCCACAGGCUGCAUCGGGACCUAGGUCUGCACAACUCCGGGCGGGAAAGCAACGGUAGCAUCCACAAACUUCUCAGCUCCCUGAAGUCGGACCCCCGCCACAGCCUGGUCCUCCCCCAGGGAGGAGUAGAGGAGCAUGGGCCAGCUGUUACUCUCUAGGGCCCAGGCCACUGGGGCAGGCUGAGGUCCCAGACAGUGUUGCCAUAUGACCAAUGAGUGGGGGAUUGUUGAGGGGAGCUAGCAACACUAUCAAAUACAUAGUGAUUCCAGAAGUAAAAUCUCCAAAGGGAAAUAUUUUUUAAUUUUUAUGCCAAUUUUAAAAUUAAGAAAGCUAAUUGUGUACUUUUCCCCUGCUUUUUUAUUUCAACUUCUGGACAGGAACCGAAAAUAUUGUAUUUUUGUAGGAUUUCUCUACAGAACCUAAAAUACACACACAUGCACAUACAUUCUGGGUCAGAUCUAAGUGCCCAUUGCAAAAUGGAAAACCUAAGUGCAGAAAAAAUUUUAUUUUUAAACUGUAAAAAUACUUCAUUUUUUAAAUGAAGCUUUAAAGUAAUUUUUUAAAUAACAAAAUUCAUUUUUUAACUUGUGCAAAAACACACUCUGAUGCCAGACCACUCUGCUGACCAGCAGUAAGACUGGUACAAAAAGGCAGACUUUCCAAGGGAUAGGUGCACCCACACCUGUGACAAGUGCAACUAUAGGGGAGGAAUUUCAAUUUUCAGUGUUUACAGCACACUGCAUUUGUGGAGUCUCCCAGGACAUUAUGUCAGGCCACCAUCUCCUGCCUCACAGAGUCAGUGUAGAAAGCUGACAGCUCUGCAGGCUGGAAGGUGAGGCAGCAAUGCUGAGUGUGAUUAAAAUCCAGUGUUUAUUCUGAGAUAUGUCAGUUUUCCUUGGGCUAACUGGCUCUAGGCCAGUUUUUAAGAUGUUGUCAGUAGAAAUGAGGGCCGAACAACAUAUGCCCCCAUAGAGCCUGCAUGAGUAGUCAGGUGGAUGUAUGUAUUGUAUCUUUGCUUUUAAAACAGCCGAUUCUUUUUACAAGUACAAUAUGUACUUCUAAUGCUAACUUCCAUUCCUUGAAUAGUGGUCAGUGGCAGGAGUUCUUUUAACUAUAAAAAGUCAUGUGAAACUUAAUGGUCUUGUCAAAUACUAAAUUUAUUGUCACUUUCCUUUGGCCUUCUUAGAGGUUACUCUUGUUUGAUCCAUUUAAACUUAAUGAAGUGUAUUUUCUGUUUGGAUACAAUGUCAGGAGAAAAAAUGUCACAUUUAUGCUUUGAGAACAAACUUUGACCAAAUGAAUCCUUCAUACAGGUAAAAGUAUUUUCCAGGGUUUCUGGCCACAAGCCCCGCCUGCUGCCCGUGUGAUCCAGCACCACCUGCUGGUCAGUGGCAGAACUGUCCUGAUUUCACAAAUGUCAGAUGGAAAGGGUGUGUCUCAACAUCUUCGUUUGUCCUGAAUUCAUUAAGUGAAAAUUCUUUUCCUUUGGAAACUAUUUAUUGAGCAGAAAUAGGUUUUGCUGAGUAAUUGUUUCUGGGACCCAAGUCUGAGUUUCUUAUUUGUGUGCAUAAGAACCCUGACCACCCGUUUCUGAGCAAUGAAGAGCAAAGUGCUCCCCACCACCGUCUCAGACUGCUAGAGCGUCUCCUUACUGCAGCAGUCAGAAAUGUUUUUUACCAAGUAUUGUAGAACCUAAACUCUGAUACUUAGUUACCACCACAAAGAAAUGUUCCCUUAUUAAGUUAUUGCUGGUUGUUGAAUAUCUGUUGAACAACUGGGUUUGCUAUCAAGAAGGAAAGUUAUAUUUCUUACCCUGUUUUAAGUUGUUCAGCAAAUGUGAAUCCAUUUUUUAAAGAAAAAAAGCUUACUCUGAACUUUGUGUGCUAUUGCUUGUAAUUGUAAGAAUUACAAGCUGCUUGGAGUAACUGCUUGAGUGUAUUUUUCUAUCCAGGUCUAUACUU